AUGCGGCACUUCCCCACCAUCAGUGCUGAUUACAGUCAGGACGAGAAAGCCUUGCUUGGGGCAUGUGACUGCACCCAGAUCGUGAAACCCAGCGGGGUCCAUCUCAAGCUGGUGCUGAGGUUCUCGGACUUCGGGAAGGCCAUGUUCAAACCCAUGAGACAGCAGCGAGAUGAAGAGACGCCUGUGGACUUCUUCUAUUUCAUUGACUUUCAGAGACACAAUGCUGAGAUCGCAGCUUUCCAUCUGGACAGGAUCCUGGAUUUCCGACGAGUGCCACCAACAGUGGGAAGGCUAGUGAACGUCACCAAGGAAAUCCUAGAGGUCACCAAGAAUGAAAUCCUGCAGAGUGUUUUCUUUGUUUCUCCAGCCAGCAACGUGUGCUUCUUUGCCAAGUGUCCAUACAUGUGCAAGACUGAGUACGCUGUCUGUGGCAACCCGCACCUGCUGGAGGGCUCCCUCUCUGCGUUCCUGCCAUCCCUCAACCUGGCCCCCAGGCUGUCUGUGCCCAACCCCUGGAUCCGCUCCUACACGCUAGCAGGAAAAGAGGAGUGGGAGGUCAAUCCCCUUUACUGUGACACAGUGAAACAGAUCUACCCGUACAAUAGCAGCAACCGGCUCCUCAACAUCAUCGACAUGGCCAUCUUCGACUUCUUGAUAGGAAAUAUGGACCGUCACCAUUAUGAGAUGUUCACCAAAUUUGGGGAUGACGGGUUCCUCAUUCAUCUUGACAAUGCCAGAGGGUUCGGACGGCACUCCCACGAUGAAAUCUCCAUCCUCUCACCUCUCUCCCAGUGCUGCAUGAUAAAAAAGAAAACACUUCUGCACCUGCAGCUGCUGGCCCAAGCCAACUACAGACUCAGCGAUGUGAUGCGGGAGUCACUGCUAGAAGACCAGCUCAGCCCCGUCCUCACUGAACCCCACCUCCUUGCCCUGGACCGGAGACUUCAAAUCAUCCUGAAGACAGUGGAGGGGUGCAUAGAGGCCCAUGGAGAGCAGAGUGUUGUAGCCAAUGGCCUGACAGAACAAUCAGCCCCAGACUCUGGCCAGGCUAACUUGACAAGCUAAGGACCGGUAGAAUCAAAUUUCAAAAAAUAUACCUGGAGCCAGUAGUGGAUUCCAAGUGCGGGCCAGUGCUUCCUCACUUCCAACUUGUAAUGCUGGAAGCCAACUCAUGAACUCAGGAAGGAGAUGGGGCAUUUUCUGAAACAGCAACUGGGAUCCACUGAACUUGAUCAAAAUAUCAGAAAAGGGGUAUUUCAAUUAAAAUAACAAAAAGUAUGCCAAAAUUAGCAGCCAGUAACCACAGAAGGAAUUUUGAUGAAGGGAAAACAAGUAGAGGCCUCAAAGGUGAAAACAGCAUGAGAAUGGGCCUAGCAGGGACAUGAGCCUGGAGUUAAGGCAGGAAAAAAGCCAGGGCAUACUCCACAGCUCCCCAACCACAACCUUCUCAUGAAAUCUGAAGAACUGUCCCCUACCCUCCCACCCCCCAAAAUGAGCAGCGGGUGUCUGGGGAGGUGAGGCCUCCUAGGUGCCCCUCCCUUCAGCCGCUGGCUCAGAAAGGCCUAAACCAAGUUUCUUUUCCAAGCGCCUUUAAAAGUAAAAAUAUAGAGUCCCUGUCUCUACCUUCUCUCUGACUUGUUGACAUCUGCCACUCCUUUAAUAGGAAGCUGUGUUUAUUUUGUAAUUAAACAAUGAAAAUACAAGUGACAGGAACAUACUCUUUCUAUGAGUGAUGAAUCAGUCAACAAGUGUAAAAAUGCCUCAUUUCAUCAGAUCAACUUCUCUUCUGAUAAACGCCACCAGGGGUUCAAAUACCAGAAGUGUGAAGGGAGUAGAAAAGAGCUGUCAAGAGAGUACAAGGGCAAGAACCAGAAAUGUUAUCCAAGACUUAUGCAAUGUUUCCAAAGACAACCCAAUAGGACAAGUAACAGUGCAUACUUCUGACCCCACCGGUACUUUAUAUUACUGGUCCAUUGCCCCUGAACCUUGUGUCUCCACAAUAACAACAUCACACCAUUCGCUGGGUUCUUACCAUGUGCAAGGCACUUUACCCACAACACGGAAUCAACACAUUGGUUUCCAAUCUUCCCCAACACGUAGAUAUAACUGCCUACCUCCAGUGUGCAUGGAAGAUGAAGGUUCAGAGAGAUUAACUAAAAUCCCACAAUUUAACAGUUUAGACCUAUUUCAAAGUGUUUGUUCCACUAUAAUACAAAGACGCAGCAAUAUCUCAACCGAUUUAUGUAGUUAUAUUUGUUUGCUUU